AUGAGCACUAACUUUCAUUACUUGCCAUGCGCUCUGCAGGACGAGUUGCGUAGAAUCGCCAACGCAAUAGUCGCGCCUGGUAAAGGGAUACUCGCGGCCGAUGAAUCGCCAGGUUCAAUGGAUAAAAAAUUUUUACCACAUGGCUUACCUAACACUGAAGAGAAUCGUCGUAUAUACCGUCAACUUUUGUUUACCACUGAACAUCUCGACGAUCACAUAUCCGGUGUUAUUUUACAUAAUGAAACACUUUACCAAAAAGCAGACAAUGGCAAAACUUUCGGAGAUCUGCUCCGACAACGCGGCAUAAUAGUCGGCAUUAAGGUGGAUAAGGGAAUCGUGCCAUUGCCCGGUUCACUGGAUGAGGGCACCACCGAAGGACUGGAUGAUCUCUAUUACCGCUGUGGUAAAUAUAAGCGCGAUGGUUGUGACUUUGCUAAGUGGCGUUGCGUACUGAAAAUCGGCAAACACGUACCCUCCUACCAAGCCAUUUUGGACACCACGAAUGUGCUUGCCCGUUAUGCCUCCAUAUGUCAAUCGCAGGGUAUUGUGCCGAUUGUGGAGCCAGAGGUGCUGGUCGAUGGUGAACACGAUAUUAUCAGGGCGCAAAAGGUGACUGAGACAGUGUUGGCUGCACAAUACAAGGCGUUGCAUGAUCAUCAUGUAUACUUAGAGGGUACAUUGCUGAAACCAAAUAUGAUAACACCCGGACAGAAGUGUCCGAGAAGAAAUUCACCGGAAGAAGUAGCUUAUAUAACAGUGCAGGGUUGCCUCAGAACAGUACCGGCUGCUGUACCAGGCAUCGUUUUUCUUUCCGGUGGCCAGUCGGAGGAAGAGGCUACGGUACAUUUAAAUGCUAUAAAUAAUGUCAAUUUGAGGCAUCCCUGGGAACUAUCAUUUUCUUAUGGACGUGCACUACAAGCAUCGGUAUUGGAUGCCUGGGCUGGCAAAACAGAAAACAUUCCAUCGGCCCAAGGUGAACUACAAAAACGUUGUAAGGCAAAUGGACUAGCCAGAGAUGGUAAAUACGUGCCAGGCUCUAUACCGGCCUUCAAACCUGACAAAAGUUUGUACGUCGAAGAUCAUAAAUACUAG